AUGGCUCCAGGCGCGAUACUAGACCCGUCUAUCGAUGGUGCAAGUUCCCUUCCAGCGGCUGACAACAAUAUUCUUCGAACCAUCGACCCUCAUUUCUUAAUAGAAGAGCAUCCCAUUGAUGAACAUCAAAGUGUCCGAGCUAUCGUUGUGGGUGCCGGCAUUUCUGGCAUCACCGCUGCCAUUCUACUUCCCGCGAAGGUUCCCAACCUAGAUCUCAUAAUCUACGAGAGAAACGACGAUCUUGGAGGCGUCUGGCAUACCAACAUCUACCCUGGUGUUCGGUGCGAUGUACCCGCUCACGCUUACCAGGCUACGUUUGCUCCAUCGACAGAUUGGACCGAGGCGUAUGCCACCGGCUCUGAGAUCCAAUCUUACUGGCAAGAUAUUGCGGACAAGUACGACGUGCGCAAGUAUAUCCGCUUCAGGCAUAGCGUCACAUCUGCGGAAUGGUCUGAGGAAAAGGCCAGAUGGAUCGUCACAAUUCAAACAGACGAUGGUGUAGUCACUGACGAAGCCAACUUCUUGAUUACUGCCACGGGCCACUUCAGCGACCCAAAGCUUCCUCAGUAUCCAGGGAUCGACAAGUUUGAGGGCCACCUACGACAUACCUCGAAUUGGGACCCUGAGUUCGACCCAAAAGGAAAGCGGAUCGCAGUCAUUGGAAAUGGCGCUUCCGGACUACAAGUGCUCCCGCAACUACAAAAAAUCGCUGCAAGAGUUGAUCAUUAUGCCCGCAACAAAACAUGGGUUGCAGCACCAAUCGGAGGAGAAGACUUGGCAGACUUUGUUGCAGAAAACAUCGAAGACGCGCGGGCAGACCCCGAAAAGUAUCUCAAAUUCCGUAAAGCUCUGGAGGCAAAGCUUUUCAGCCGCUUCGGCGGAAUCUUCAAAGACGGACCUCAGAAUGCAGCGGCCGAAGAUUACAUCAAAGAGCUUAUGAGAGUACGACUGGGGGCGAAUUCCAAGCUUGCUGACGAGAUUUUACCUGAAUUCCCAGUAGGCUGUCGUCGGCUGACACCUGGACCGGGCUAUCUCGAGGCGCUGACUGCGGAAAAUGUCAACUACAUCACCGACCGGAUCUCAGAGUUCACUGAAACCGGCAUUCGGACUGUGGAUGACACUCUUCGCGAAGUUGACGCAGUCAUAUGCAGUACAGGUCACGACAUUACAUUCAGUACGCAGUUCCCUGUCGUUUACAAAGGACUUGAUCUCCAGAGGGCUUGGAGACCUGGCGGCAAACCAGGAUUCCCUGACACUUACUUGGGAAUGCUUGCUCCCGAGGUUCCGAACUUCAUCACUGUACUUGGACCAAACGCCACAGGACCAGCCGGAACGCUGUGUCAUGCGGUAGAGAACCAGCUCACAUACGUUGCCAAGAUACUUCGCAAAUUUGCGACCCAAGGCCUGCGGACCAUAGCUCCGACAACAGCUGCAACUCGUGAUUUCCGAGCCUACACUGAAGCCUUCUUCCCGCGGACUGUCAUGAGCGAGCACUGCAGCUCGUGGUACAAUGGUGGGAUCAAGGGCGGGAGAAUCCAUGGCCUCUGGCCCGGCAGUGCUGCUCAUGUUGAUCUGGUUAGAAAGGAUCCGAGGUGGGAGGACUUUGAGUACACCUAUCAGAACCCCCAGGGAAACAGGUUUGGGUGGCUGGGGAAUGGCUGGACCAAGAAGGAUGUUGCGGCUGCUCACGGCGACGCUGGGGUGGAACUAGAUCUUACUCCUUGGUUGGAGAAAGGCGCUUUAAGUGGUGAUAUUGACCUUAGAAGCUACCAUGAGAAAUGGUGGGUGAGCUAG